AUGGAGGAUGUGAUCAAAGUCAAGGAGCUACAGUUUGAAUUGAAUCCCCCAAGUCUGAAUAAAGAAGUUUUGCAUAAAGCUCAGGAAACUGUUUCUUUCUAUCAACACCAGUUUAGACAAGAAGCAACAUCAGGUGAUUAUGAUAUGCUGAAGAAGGUUCCUAAGGUGAUCAUUAAUGCACAAAAUGAGGUCUUGACUGCUUUAUCUAGUACUGAAGAAGUCGAGAAUGCAGUGUUUGGAUUAAAUAGGGAUAAUACUGGUGGUCCAGAUGGUUUUUCAGGCCAUUUCUUUCAAACAUGUUGGAGUAUCAUAGGUGGAGAUGUAACUAAUAUGGAGAAUAUAAACAUAUUUGCUGAUUUGAGACUAAUCAGUCUAAGCACUUUUUCUAAUAAAAUCAUCUUUAGAGUUUUGCAUGAAAGAAUUGUUCCAUCGUUACCUUCUAUAAUAUCAACCACUCCGACUGGUUUUAUUAAAGGUAGAAGCAUUGUGGAGAAUGUAUUAUUGGCUCAAGAGAUUAUCAAAGAUAAUAAUAAGAGAAACAAACUACACAAUGUCGUGGUAAAGCUUGAUAUGGCAAAAGCUUAUGAUAGAGUUUCAUGGAUAUACUUAACUAAAGUGUUUAGUCAGUUUUGUUUGUUUGAAAUUAUUAUAGAUAUGGUUUGGAGAUUGGUUUCAAACAACUGGUACUCAGUAUUGAUUAAUGGGAAAUCUCAUGGUUUCUUUAAGUCAUCAAGGGGUUUGAGGCAAGAUGGUCCACUCUCUCCAACACUCUUCAUACUAGUUGAUGAGGUUUUGGCCAGAAAUUUGAAUGAGUUGCAUGAUGAUCCAGCAUUCAAGGGCUAUGGUAUUCCAAAGUGGAGCCCUCAGAUAAAUCAUCUGUCAUAUGCAGCUGAGACAAUCCUAUUUUGCUCAGCAGAAACUGUUUAUUUGAGAAAAAUGAUUAAGGUGCUAAGAAACUAUGUGAAAGUGUCAGGUCACUGGUAA